AGGGUCUAAUCGUGACAACCGCUUUCGUAUUUACAAAUCGUGCAGGAAUGCAGCCUUGAGCUUGUUGCAUUUGUCGGCAGGUGGUGUUCUAAUUUGCGUUCCGUGGUCGUUCAAUUCAUCUGUGGACGCCGUAAAAACAGGACGAUGAUGGAGCUUAGAAGGGAGACUUGUGCCUAAAAUGAUAAUGAUGAUGAAGGGGAUAUUUUUACACAAUAUUUCACUCAAAAUGGGCCAUUCAGAAUGCCAUUUCUCGGAGUUAAUCCAUUGCAAGCUGAUCAUUUCCGUGCUGUUAUUUAGCAAAGCAUAGUUCCUACCUCUGAUGCCUGCCAUGGUAUCGCAGAAUCCUGAGAGCGAAUGGGAAAACGGCCCUUCCCGCACGGGCAGCAUGCUGUCCCUAGACGGACGUCAGCGGCCCCCUACGACCAAAACCCCUCCGUCCUAUUACGACGCCGUGCGGAGCAGACAUUCCCUAUCGCAGCCCGUCAACAAGUCCCCGGAAAGUAUGAAACAGGAGAAGAACCUGCAUGUGCAGCAGGUGAAAUACAACAGUCUGCCGAGACCUCUUCCUCAACGUUACCCACCUGCUGCGGCUAAUGGUCAGCCCAUUCGCAAUGCGUGGAAUGAGGACCACUACGACCCCACCAGAUCUAACGGCAUUAUCCACAGGCCGACCGCAAAUGACCCGUGCAGCAUGCGGCAGCAGUACGACUCCCCACCGAAACCCGCCAACAGGGUACCUUUGCAACUUCAGGUGCACCAGGAGAAAGGGUCCUUGAAGCAGCCUGAACCCUGCCCACAAGGAUACGGUAUUCCCAGGGGUGCCCCCAUUCCCAGGCAGCCCACAGAAAGGCUGACUGUGGAUUGCAGCCAACGAGGGAAUGGCAUGGAUGCUUCUCGUAAAGAUGGUCAUCCUGGAAUGACGAUGAGGCCAGAGCUGAGGCCACCUCCACCGGUUCCUGGAAGACGGCCUCCUCCUCCUAGAGGGCCCAUGCAGAAUGGACUGGAAACGCCUAACAAUAUGCCUAAGCGGAGUAAUACUCAGGGCUCAGCAGGACUUCUCAGACACUGCUACCCCAUGCAGUCCAAUGGCUCUUCCCCAACAUCUUGUGGCUAUCCCCAACCGGGUUCUCACACUAGGCCAGUCAUUGACGGAGCCUCGAACUAUGAACCAAGAUAUUCUAAAAGUGGUAAACUAUGCCCUCGUCCUAAUAUCCAGGAAGCCCGUCCUAUGCCACCACCUGUUGUGAUGCUCCGAACUGGACCUCUGGGUACGUAUCCAGAUGCUGAAACUCUGAAGAGAUCAGAAAUGGCUUCCUACAAUCGUCACCAAGAUAGAAAUGGCUCUACUUCAUCCGAUUACGAUAGACAGUAUCGCAAAUCUCCGUCUCAGGGUGACAUAUCUCAACAGAUUUUUGUGGACACUAAUUCUUACACGAAUGGUCAACCGGUGAUCACUGACCAUUUAGCCAUUCCUUACAGAAUACCACAAAUGUCACCCAAAAAUCCCCGGGCUAUGUUCGAUGGAACUCCGUCGAAUAAUGGAAUGAGAAAAGAACCUUUAUCUCUCCCCUGUCCUCGCUCGCAACCAUCUCCAUCUUCGAGCCACUUACAGAACUCUUCACCAUCGAAUGGCUUUAAGAGCCGAACUCUGCCAGCGGGUACUAGACCUCUUGGAGACUGUUCCAAUUCUACCAUGGAUUAUAGAAAUCGGAGGUCUGAACCCGCCUCGCCGUAUUAUGACGAACGGGGAAUUUUACAUGAGCCUCGAAAUGGGCCAUGCCCUCGCACUACUCGAAAUGGUUUGCCUCCUGAUACCAGAAUCAUUCCUCCUAGUACUGAAAACGAUGUUAUCUAUGCCAAUCAGUUCCAUACUGUCAAUCCAAACAAAAAGGAAUAUCCACCAGAUCCGCAACGGACUCCUCCCAUGUUGAACGGAAAUGGACCUCUAUAUGAAAAUUCUGUGAGGAAUGGUUCUAGAAGCAUACAAGAAACAUGCCCCGAAAACAUUUACGCCAAUCACCACGUGGCUAAUACUCAUUAUAGCAGUCAGUCCAAUCCUCCACAAAAUAAUUAUGACAAUAAGCAAAACAAUGGCUUGAAGAAUCCUAGAAGUGACAGACGUAAUACUCAUCCCCCACCACCUGUGGCUCAGAAGCCCUCUCAUUCUUUGCCACAACCUUCGGAAAUGAUGAUGAUAACUGAAACUCGUGGAUGGAAUGGGCAGGUCAGUUCGACGUAUACUAAGGAUGUUGUCAAACCAACCCCUCGCAUGCCUCGACUUCCGAAUGGUUUGCUUGCUUCGAGUGCUCAGUUGACAACAGUCCCUGCUUAUCAGUGUGUGAUCAAUGAAUUGUCAAGUCGUCCACCGAAUCAAGUUUCACCAACAGAUUCGUCAACGUUGUCGCUAAGAUCGGAAUAUGAUUCGUCGUCAAGUUCCAGCAGAGAAUUCUGUAGGCGGCCGAGUAAACCAUCUGAAUCGGAGCAACGUAGGACAUCUGAAGGCGUUCUGAAACCUUCGAACAGUCACCAGCAAAUCGACAAAUCCCUGCUCUCUGCUUCGAUGACGAGUUUGUGCAGCGACGCUUCCUCGUCGGUGUCUUCGAGACCACGACAGUCUCACGAAGAAUCAUCUUGGGAAAGAAUGAAUGAUGAUAACCAGAAGCGUAAAGAAAAGAGCACAGUUUUCAUAGCAUCACCAUGGGAACGAGAAGAGAAAGAGAAGCUUCAACGAGAGCAGAUCUUGGAUGCGAGACGAGCUCGGGAUCAGGAAAUCGCGUACCUGGAGUCCAUUCAGGAUCGGACCGAGAAGCAGAAUGAGUGGCUGCGCAUCCUGAGACUGGAGAGAGAGUUUCAGCGCAGGGCGGAGCAACAUGAUGACGAAGACUCGGUCUGCUCGGACUCCUCCUCGACCGAAUCCUCUUCGGACAAGAUGUCAAACUUUCCUAGGGAUAAAUUAACAGUCAUUCCUAACGAAAGAAUUGGCCUAAAACUAUUGGAUGAACUUCUUGACAGUCCCCCUAAAAACCCUUCACCUCCCAGCAAAUCCAGUCCCGAUCGAGAUCUACCCCACAGAAGCCCUUCCGAAAAGCACUUCAUCCCCCUGGAUGUGGCCAUACCUGACAAUGAAUUGCAACCGUCUUCUCUACCCCCUACGAACAACAUCCUGAAAAUAUCAUCCGAGCAGCAACACGCUGAUGGUACUGGGACUAGAGUCUCCAAACCACCCAUACCGGCACCCAGACCCAGCAAGGCUGUACUGGUCAACCACUUUCAAGAAGUCCAGAAGUCUUCAGAAGUGCUACCGGACCUUGAUCAAACCAGCAACAAGGUGGUUGCCGAAAUGGAAGCGAAUGUCAGCAGCCUCACCAAGCUGGAGAUUUCAGAUUCAAGUGCCUUCUUUUGUUCUGCGGAUAGCGAAGAGCAUGGGUCCAGAGAACCCCCGCAAGAUAAUUGGCUGAUUGAAGUACCCAAUAGCUUUCCUGAUCGUGAAGAAGAGCAGAAGCCCAAACAAAGCGAGCAGUCUCGUAUUUAUGAAAACAUAAAACCAGCUGAUUAUCACUACUUGAGAACAACCUCAGCAUCGAGUAGUUAUACUUCCCAUACAUUGCCCAAGUCAACAGCUACUGGAAAUGGCGUCAAUUCUUUGGCGACAUCUAAAGAAGUCGCCCAGCCAAGGAACGGCUCAACCAGAGCAUAUGAAAAAAAGUUCCCAGUUAUGGGCGUGUCUAGUACACUGACAAAGAAGGCCAAUGGUUUCGCGCCAAGCGAUAUCGACAUAUUGCCAUCCUUAUAUGCCUCUUAUAAAGUCCAGAAUGGAUAUGGCAAAGAAAUACCAUCCGAUUUAGAGGAUAAGUCGCCGGAAUUUAAAAAGUUGUGGAUGUCUCGUCCAGAGAAAUUGACUUUUCAGGAUAAGAUAAGGAAAUUUUCUUUACAAGCUGGUGAGGAUGAUAUUCCUAAAGACCGAGUGAAGAAUUCAAGGGCCCAGCGGGAGAUUGAAAGCAAAUUUAGUGAGGCCCAGAAAAGAGCGGCAGCACAGAAGUCUUCUGAAACUUAAAAACUGAGAUUGUGUUGGAUUUAUCGUCAUUUCAUUUAUGAUAAAAUACAAACACUAUACUUAUCCAGAAUCUGCAUCUAAAAUAUGCUAUUAGAUAAUGAUACAGACUGAAUUUUUAAGUAUCAUCUCUUUCAGAUCAUUUGUCUGAAGAAGCACAAAGAAUGGAAAAAAGAAAAGAGAGCUGGAUCUCAAAAUAUUUCUUGGAAUGUUUAACUUAAAUUAAUUGACAGUAGUUUCAUAUAACAAAAGUCUGCGACAAAAUUGUUUGAUUCUUAAAACUCAUUUCAGUGCUCUAUUUCAAAUAAAGCUAUUAAGAAUUUUAGUCUUAAAUUUGGUUAAUAAAUUAAAUUUUUUUCUUUGUUUAUAAAGUGUUAACACAUGUUUUAACUGAAGGGGUGACAGCCAUUUUGAUUUAUAUACACUAAUACCUUCAUCUGUUCAAUUAAUCAUUAAAUGCUCUAAAGUAAAUCCUUUGCCAUGGAUAAAUGUCUUUUAUUUUAAAUAUUUGGAAUAGUUCUGGACUGUAUGCUAGUAGUAAAAAGAAGCUUCAAGAAAGAUUUAAAAUUAAAAAUCUUUGACAAUGUAUUAUUUUUUAUUAUGAAAGGAAACAAUUUGGGGCCGAUUUGUUUAUUAAAGAAUUUUGCUAUAAAACGCAUUUUAAUUAUAUUUCCAACAAUUACUAAAAAUAGAAAUUCGCCAUACGAUUGUAAUUAAUUAAAAGUACGCUUUAUAUUCGUCUUCUAAAUUUUUUUCCUUACAUAGUCUUUUAGAAGGGGGGUUAUUUCGACUCUUAAAACUGAUAUGCAUUUUUAAAUAAGUAAAGUUCAGCAAAGAAAUUAUAUAUAAAAAAAAGUAAUGGUCAAUAAAAAAAAAAGUAGUUUGUGUGAAAACUGUAAGUUGAAAUAAUUUUUUCCCCCAUUAUUGCCUGAAAAAAAGUGAAGAAUUUGAAACAAGUUUCUGAAAUAUUUUUUGCAUCCGUUAUUAUUCUAAACACCUUUUGAAUAUAAAGAUAUCUCAAAGUAUGUGUUUAUAAAAUAUGCUAUUUGAUUGACAACUUUAAAAUUUUUUUUUUUU